GCUGGGCGUGUGCAGGGGGCGCGGCUAUUUGCUGCAAGUCGCGUUUCCAGGGGUCGCAGAGGGUCCUUUAGGCCAGGCGUGAAAGUUGGGGCCUGGGGAUUAGUCUUGGGGCGGAGAUGGAGGCACGCCGGGCCAGGCCCCGCCGUCUUCGCUCUUGCACACUCAGCUUUCCAGCGCCGAGCCGAGCGAGGUGGGCGGUGUCGCGGGAGUGAUGUCAUCACCGGGCGUCGCGCACACCCAGAGGAGCCGUGACCUCUCCGCGUGGGGAGCUGCGGGACAAUGCUGCAGCUAGUGCGGGCCGGGGCGCGGGCCUGGCUUCGGCCCACCGGCUGCCGGGGCCUGAACGCGCUGGCGGAAGAGGCAGUGCACCCGGUGGCGAAGCCAGAGGCAGUAGUUAGCGCGGGUCCCCAGACGCCUGUGCUGCGCAGGUGCGAGCUCCCGCUCCCCGCGACCCGGCGUCCGGUGCAGGCCUGGGUGGAGUCCCUGCGGGGCUACCAGCAGGAGCGUGUGGGUCUGGCCGAACUGCACCCCGACGUUUUCUCCACGGCGCCCAGGAUGGAUAUCUUGCACCAGGUUGCCAUCUGGCAGAAGAACUUCAAGAGAAUUAGCUACGCCAAGACCAAGACUAGGGCCGAGGUGAAGGGUGGGGGCCGGAAGCCCUGGCCACAGAAGGGCAGUGGGCGUUCUAGGCAUGGCAGCAUCCGCUCCCCGAUCUGGCGAGGAGGAGGCAUUGCCCACGGCCCCCGGGGCCCCACGAGCUACUACUACAUGCUGCCCAUGAAAGUGCGGGUGCAGGGCCUCAAGGUGGCUCUGACUGUCAAGCUGGCCCAGGAUUACCUGCACAUCGUGGACUCCCUGGAGCUGCCCACCUCGGACCCCCAGUACCUGACGGAGCUGGCCCGCUACCGCCACUGGGGGGACUCCGUGCUCCUGGUGGACGUAGCACACGAGGACAUGCCUCAGAACGCCGUGGCCGCCACCUCCAGGCUCAAGACCUUCAACCUGAUCCCGGCCGUCGGCCUGAACGUGCACAGCAUGCUCAAACACCAGACCCUGGUCCUGACCCUGCAGACGGUCGCCUUCCUGGAGGAGAAGCUGCUCUGGCAUGACUCCCGCUACACGCCCCUCUACCCCUUCCGCCUGCCCUACCGGGACUUCCCCUGAGCCGUGACCCUGUGCACCUCAGGGCCCAUCGGCCGCCCUCUCCCUGGACCGCUCCACGCGGGCGCCUGCUCUGAGCCGGGCCAAGCCGCCAGCGGGCCUGCGAGUCUUGUGCCCACCCCGUGAGGGCAGAGCCGCACCGCCCCAACCCCCCCAUCCCAGUAGGAAGCUGAAGGCCACACAGAGUGGCUGAGCGGUGUCACUACCAGGAAGAGGCGACUUGGCAGACAGCCCGACUGAACUUUGGCCCCCAUUUUCUCUUUGAUUUUUAAGAUCAAUUUUAUUUUUUAAUCAAAGGAGAGAAACAGAACAGCACAUUGUCAUUUUGUAAAUAACUCCACGUGGCAAGUCAAGCUCUUUCCGGAGUGCUAGGCGCUGCUGGGUAUCUCUCCUGGGGACAACCUCAGGGCUGUCGAUAGCUGUGACACAGUCAGCUUUCCCAGGGCAACUCAGACUCGAGGAACCAGGGGCACUGCUGUCAUUAGGAGCCUGCUCCUGGUGCGUCCCCAUUCCCGAGCACUGGCACCAAGAAUUCACAUCCCUGAUGGGGUUUGUGGUGCCAUUGGUCAUGGUCCUUCAUGCCAAGCAGUGGGUUUGAGUCUAAAAACCGGAUCUAAAAAUGGGAAGUGGAGACCUGAGCUGUCGUCAUAAUGAUUUCCCCUAAGCAGAGUCUGACUCCAUGUGGUCUAUAAACGAGUGAAUAAACACGUUUUUUUAAAAACACCAAA